GCUCUGAGACCCGGGCUGCAGGCCCUGUCCUCUGCCCCUCGGUGUCUACGGCCCAGGCCGGUGUCUGAGGGGCCUCGGGCUCGAUUACUCUGGUGGGGAGAGGCUGCAAUGGCGGCGGCGGCGGCGCCUCAACAGCAGCAACAACCGGCGGGCGGCCUGAGCCUGGAGCAGGCGAAAGUGGUGUUGGGCGAAGUGAUCAAGGCUUUCAGUUCCCCUGAGAAUGCCAUGAGGAUGGAGGAGGCUCGUGACAACGCCUGUAACGACAUGGGCAAGAUGCUACAGUUUGUGCUGCCCGUGGCCACCCAGAUCCAGCAGGACGUUAUCAAAUCGUACGGCUUCAGUAACGAUGGAGAAGGGGUGCUGAAGUUUGCUCGUAUCAUCAAGACCUACGAAGGUCAGGACCCUGAGAUAGCGGCUAUGUCCUCCAAGCUGAAGUCCAUGUUUCUGCCUCCGAUGAUGGUCCCCCCGCACAGCAGUGGUAUCUCCACGUCGUAGCUUUCCUGAGAAAGAGAGGGGUGGAGAGGGCGCUGGAUCUCUGGGUCCAGAUGGUGCCUUUAUUUUAGAAAAGAAUUGUUUUUUUCCAGCGCCACCGAACAAUCACUGACUCUGGUGUGUUCAGAACAUUUCUCUUCCACAUCCCCUCCACACCUACCUAUCGCAUACCCCCAGGCUGCUUGUGUUCCUGCCUGCCACUCUGAGCAUCUGCCUCCUUUGUACCUUCGGAGGAAGUGCCAACACACUGAGGAGGGCAUUGUGCCCUACAGGUGGAGCACUCCGUGACUGAGGGCACGGGAGCUAGGCAGGGUGAGCUGACGGGUAUCAGUCUGCCUGGCUCCCCCCCCCCCCCCACCAACAAAAAAAACCCACCAGCCGGCUUGGUUCCUCUUUUUGUCAGUAACUAAGGAUGUGGUUCAGCUGUUAUACGGCACCUCCCCCUCCCACAAUAGGGCAUGUGAAUUUAUUCAAACUCGUAAGGCAGAGCUGCCGGGGGAAAGGAGGAACACAUCGAGCCUGCCUGGCGCUGGAACGGCGUCAGGUCAGAUUCAUAGCGGCUCCAGGACUGAGUGGAGAUAUCCAGCUGUCCUCACGGACACUCAGCCACGGCUCUGCUGGCCUCUGGUUUAUUCCGCAAUUGUACGGGACUGUGGGUUGUGGGGGGUGUGGGGAGGAGGUGUACCACAAAACCCGCAUUGUUCUUAUCUGCCACCCACUGCCUGCAUCACGUCCCUUCUUGACUGACACAAAUAAAUACACAGAGACACACACACACACACACACAGAAUAAACACACACACACACAGACAUAAACACAGACACAAACACACAGACAUAAACACAGACACACACACAAACACACUGACAUAAACACACAC